AACAAUUAUUUUGCUUUGUAGAUGUUUCAUGUUGACUCUUAAAUGUUACAAAUGUUUGUGGCUGCUCAUUUGACAUGGAAUAGACACUUUCCGUAACCCUGUGGAGGUUACUAAGCCUACAACUGAAGUCCAGAGCACAUCAUGACGAGGUAACUCUGCACAGUGAAGAAGUCUUCUAGACAAUGAAACAACAUAUAGGAUGCCUGGUGGAGGAGGUAGGCAGAGAAUUUCCCCUGAGGAAAGAAUUUUCCACUGACAUGAAUACGGCAGAGGUAUCAACUUUCUUCACCAGUCUCCAUCUUUACGCUUUGAAGCUGCUUUUCAAACUAUCCCUGCACGCAACUUCACUCCUGCAGAUAAAAAGGAGAAUUGCUGAGGCCCGCAGAACUGCCACGCACCAUCAGCAUCAGCUGCCCAGCAGGACAGCAGGCUGGCACCAUCCCAGGCCGAAAGCUGUGUAUGUGCAGAAGUUGUUGCUGCUGUGGAUGUGAACACUCUUGCCAAUGAAGUUUAUAAGCACAACUUUCCCAGCACACCAUUAUGGGCAAAGACAAUUGAGGGCAUUACACUGAAAGAAUUUGACAGAUUAUCUUUUGAUAUGAUUUUGAUGAGUCCUCCCUGCCAGCCAUUUACAAGAAUUGGCCUACAAGGUGAUGUAUCUGAUCCGAGGACAAAGAGCUUUCUUUAUAUUCUUGAUAUUCUCCCAAGGCUCCAGAAGCUUCCAAAAUACCUACUUUUAGAAAACGUUAAGGGAUUUGAAUCCUCUUCUGCAAGAAAUGAACUUCUGCGAACACUAGAAACAUGUGGAUUUAAAUAUCAAGAAUUUCUCUUGUCUCCAACCUGUCUUGGCAUUCCCAAUUCUAGGCUGCGAUAUUUUCUAAUUGCAAAGCUUCACCACGAGCCAUUUUUAUUUCAUGUUCCUGGUCAGAUAUUGACAAGAUUCCCAGAUCAGAAUCUAGAAGAGUUAACCAAGGAUGAAGUUGUUGACGAAGCUAGUUCUUCCUUGCCUUCUGGAGAGAAGAGUCUACUUUCAAACACUGGUUCUGAUUGCAGCAGCAAGAAUGGACCCUUGCCAAAAGAGGCCUUUCUUUUUAAGCUUGAAACAGUAGAAGAAAUGAUAAGGAAGCAUAGUCAAGACAAUGAUCCCUCUAUUCAAAUGUUACAAGAUUUCCUGGAAGAUGAGAAUGAAGAAAUGAGUCAGUAUUUUUUAGCACCCAAGUCCUUGCUACGCUACGCUUUCUUGUUAGACAUUGUUAAACCCACUUGCCGGAGAUCCACAUGCUUUACAAAAGGGUAUGGGCACUAUGUAGAAGGGACAGGCUCAGUUCUUCAGACAGCAGUAGAUGUGCAGCUUGAAUCAGUAUUUAAGCACAUUGAGAACUUAACAGAAGAAGAGAAGCUUAUGAAACUGUCAACGCUAAAACUGAGGUAUUUUACUCCAAGAGAAAUAGCAAAUCUGCAUGGAUUCCCUCCAGAAUUUGGCUUUCCUGACAGAGUAUCAAUAAAGCAAUGCUACCGUCUUCUGGGAAACAGCCUCAACGUACACGUGGUGGCAAAGUUGAUCUCCAUUCUACUCGGAUAAUUUAGAACCUGAAUCGGAUGACUGUGGAUUGGUGACAGAAAAUACUUCAGUCUUUCACGAGCAAGCUGGUGGCAGCCUAACAAACAUCAGAACUAACUAAAAUAUAUGUCCAGAUAUUUUGCUAAACAGUUCUGAUAUGUUUAAAUACCUUUCACUCACAGUGGAUUUGCACUCCAGAUGUCUUUUAUUGAAAUGGAAGUUUCCAGGAAUUAAUUGCUCCUUUUAGAUAUUGGUUUUACUUUGCAAAUGAAAAACAGCAGAAAUAAUUAAAUAUGUAUGUAAAUAAAAAUGGAGAAAACAGUUUUAUCCGAAAGCUGUUCUCAGUACAAUAUAAAAAGGCUGUAAAUGUCAAAGCUGCUUUCAUUAAGAGCAAAGACAAGUUUCCGUGUGUAAAAUGCUUUCAUUUGUAAACAAGCAAUCCAUUCCAAACAGAUUUAGUGUAUAUAUGAUCUAAUUAUUUUUUUUAAAGCUAAUGAAAAUGUUAAACUCAGUAUUUUAUGUAGACUUUUUAAGAAAACCCAUUGUCAUCUGUAGUUUAGGUUUGUCUGAUCCUGUCUAAAUGCUUUCAAGUUCUGGAACUCAAGUAUGUCUGUUCUGUAUGAUUUGUUCAGCUGAAUAAAAAUAUUUCAAGGUUAUCAUAA